GCGUAUUCAGUGGUUGUUUGCAACUCCAAGUGAUUAGUCGUAAAUCACAUCUCAAUCCAAGACUCCAUUCAUUGUUAAGACUUUCCUCUGUUUUUGGUUUGAUUUAAAGGGAAAAACGGUUUCGGGUUUUAAUUGAGUGGAGAAAAGCCUUCAAACCAUUAAAACCGCAUUAAUUUAAUGUUUGACUCAAAUAUCAAUUAUUUGAACACAAAUUGACGUAAAUUUGAAGUGAUUUUUGCAAAACUUGUCACUAAAUUGGAAAUUAUAUUAUAUUUGACACAUAAUGUCAGCUAAAGCUAUACGAGAGGCCACCGGAAAGGACUUAUUGAAUAGGUUUUUGAAGGGCUCGGCCAACACAUCCCGGUAUGCCGUCGUCCACGAAGACACCAAUUUCAGUGAUCUCGUGGCACAACAGCCGUGGCUUAAAACUGAGCGUUUAGUCGUAAAACCGGAUCAAUUGAUCAAAAGGAGAGGGAAAUUAGGAUUAAUUUUAGUGAACGCAGACAUCGAUAGCGUCAAGAAAUGGGUGGCCGACAGAAUGGCCAAAGAUAUUCAA